AAUAAUUUCAAUAUUUGCAUUGCUAUUAAUAAAUUAAUUAAACAAACAACAAAAUGAGAGGAAUUUCUUAUGCAGAUUGUACUAUGAAAAGAAAUCUAGCUCCGCCGAUGACAGUGGAUCCAGAAUUCGCAGAAUCAGUCGGCAAGAAUUUCCGCGUCCUGCCGAUGUUCGAAAAAGAACUGUACGCCUAUAAGUAUAAGAAACAUUAUUCUUUGAAUUCCAACGAGUUUCUUCAAUGUAGGUGGCGCUCCUAUGUCCAACAUUUUGACAAACGGCAAUUUGAGCCGUUUUCUUUCAUUAGUGUGAGAGACUACCACUUCUACAAUCAAGAGGUUCGGCUCAUUCCGUCAGAAACUGUACAUAGACACACAGAUUUCCGUUUCAAACUGAGAGAGGGCCCCGGUGUCGAUUGGCGGGGACAAAUGCCGAUUCCUCAAGAGUUACUCAUGAAACGAGGUUACAAAAAAACCGAAAUGAAACCUGAAAAACAUGCAGAAGUGAAAAUAGAAGAGAAAAUACAGGAAAAGGUUAAAAUAGAUUAAUUUUGAGUCAUUUUCAAUUAAUCUGU